GCCAUACUCUUUAUUACAGGGACUUCAUGGAGAACAAGAACGAGCGAUAGACCUCCAUCAGUGCAACCCUCAUCAAGCUGUUUACAGAUGAACACCUAGUGAAUUCAUCACUAAGAACAGUGGAUUUCACCAUGCAUAAUAGAGUGUGCGUGUGGAGUCUACGUGAGGUCUGGCCAAGAUGGAAGAAGAGAUGAGUGGAGUAACACCAGCACCUGAAGUUCCAGAGGCACCGCGACGACCCCGAGGCAGACCGCGCAAACCGCAACAGGAGCCUGUUAACCCUCCGGCUCCCAAAAGGCCAAGAGGAAGACCCAAAGGAAGUAAAAACAAGGCAAAUCCUAGUACACCAAAAGAGCCCCCAAAGGAAAAGAGACCCCGAGGUCGACCAAGAAAAUGGCCUCAAAAAAACACACAGCAACAAGAGCAAGAGUUCGAGGAAGAAGAGGACCAGCCACACCUGUCUUCAUCACACGAGUAGUGCGUCUAGGCUCUGAGCCGCCAGUGUGCACAAUAGGCUACAUUUGAACCGUUAUAUCCAUUGUGCUCUCUCUCAGGUGUGUUAUCAAUCGCUCCAAACAGAACAAACUGAACAUUCCACCUAAUAAUUAGAUGCUACUUAGUGAAAGAUGAAGCACUCUGAGAUCUUUACUGCUAGAUUUUGAUUGCAGAGUUUCUAAACUGCAUAAAGAAAUACCAGGCAUGGACUUAUUUAAACCAAAUCAGAUACAGCAACAGCCAAUUAGUGAUUUAGAUUUUAAACUGUCCAUCAAAAAAUGAAGCCAUCAACUGGCAUUUACAUCAGUUUUUUCCACACCUCAAACAUCUCACUCGUGCUUUCAGUAUGAAGUGCAAAACACUUUUACUUACCGACAUUGUAUUUUAUAUAUACACACACAAACACACACUCAUGCACACGCACAUGUUAUGGUACUGAAUGAGUCACUACUGUACGGUUACAUAUGUUUAUGUUUAUAAAGGUCUUGUUCGAGAAUCUAAAGACAGCUUGGCAGUGGCAUCAUUUUAUAAUCAGUAUAAUAAAUAUUAUUAUUAUUAUUAUUAUUAUUAUUAUUAUUGUUAGUUACUUUUGGCAUACUUCCAGUAUUCAUGGAAUCAUGGUAUAUUUCCCCUUGAUUUAGUCCCUGAUUGCCAUUUAUACAAUUAAAAUUUUUCAAACCUGCUGAAUUUCACUAUUUGGAAAAACUAUUCUUUUCUGUACAAUACCAAAAUAUACAGUAAACUAUUCAUGAAUUUUCUGCAGUUAUACAUGGACGCUAAAUGUGUCUGUCAAAAGGAGCAAUAAAACAUUUUAUUGGUGGGUUUUCCAUCCAAGUACUGUACCAACUUUGUGCUUUUUGGGUGUCAAGCUUUUUUUUUUUUUUUUUUAAUUGUUUGGGAAGUUGUUGUUUUUUUUUUGAUCUGUUGAUCUUAUUUCUGUUUAAUCGCACUUCGGUGCAUACUACCACCUGUGCCAACCUGCCUUUGAGUUAAUGUUUUUUUUUUACACUGAAUGAAAAUGAUGUCUUAAUAGGUAAUGCCACAUGUGCCAUCCAAACUGUGACUUACUUUUAUGUACCUCAAUGUUAAUCAUCUGAAUAAAGUGACUUAAGUAGCCAUAAAACAAGCGUAUACAUUAUAUUGUGUUGACCAUGUCGGUAUUCAAAAAAGUAAUAUCACAUGAAACCAUGCAGUUUGA